AUGGGUGCCACAGGCAACUUUUCCUUCCCCCCUGGCAUUGGCCUACAGGACGUCAAGGGAUGUGGAACCAGCGGGAUGGCAGCGUUAGACCCCAAUACCAAAUAUAUCAUAAAGUUCUCCCUCGGGGACGAAGACGAAUGCGCCCGCUGUAAUCGGGAGAAGGAGUUCUAUGAGCUUUUGGAGCUAUCAUCGCACUCCCGCCCAUCAUCACUUUUAAAUUAUCACGGCAGCACGAGCCACGGCAUUCUGUUAGAGUAUGCUGAGCUCGGUCCAGUGCGACAAGUUCUGCGAGCCUCCCAACACCCAAUUUCUACUUCGACUUUGGUCCGUUGGGCGCAACAGGCGGUCGAAGCACUGCAAUUUAUUCACGCCAAUGAGAUCUGCCAUGGUGAUAUCAAUUGCACGAAUUUCUUCCUAGACCAACAUAUGAACCUCAAAGUUGGUGAUUUUACGAGCUCAUUCAACGAUUUAUUCGUGACGCCGCAAGCUUUGCAAGAGGAUAUAUCGAAUUACGGCUCGGCGUUGUAUGAGAUGGCAACAGGCCAUUUGCCCUACCAUACUCUGUCUGGAGACGAAAGAGAGCAGAGGUUCAAGCAAAAAAGGUUUCCAGAUCUUGCAAAUGUGGCAUUGAAAUCCGUGAUUCUUCGAUCUUGGAACGCUGAGCAUACCUCCUUCGCAAGUAUAUUGAAAGAUAUCAAAGUCACAUGUAUACACCCACAUUCCAAAGAAAACCAUGUGGCCAUGCUUAUUUAA